AUGAAGCCCUCGGAUCAUGGGCCUCUCCUCCGUCGCAAGUCCUCGACUCCUCACUACCAGACGUUUGGCGGUAUAUCACCUCCCAAAUCUCGAGGACGACCGUUGUCCGAUUCUUCCAACUCGUCCAGCCAUGACCUGCACAAUGGCGAAGACCACCACCACCACAGCUCGCCGCUGCCAAAGAAACAAAUGGCUAUCUUGGCGGUUAUAGCUCUCUGUGAGCAGACAGCACUUAAUUCCAUCAGUCCCUACCUGCCUGCGAUGGCCUCGACCUUUCCUGAAGUGAAUCCAGGACAAGUGGGCAUGUAUGUGGGGUUGAUAGCUUCUGCGUUCGCGCUCGCGCAGCUGGCAACAAACUUCUUUUGGGGGUGGCUGUCGGAUCAUAUUGGAAGAAAACCGGUCAUAUUAAUGGGGACAAUAUUCACGGCGGCUUGUUUUGUGGCGUUCGGGUUUGUGAGGACGCUGCCACAAGCCAUAGCGGUGCAGGCGUUGAUGGGACUGUUGAACGGGAAUCAAGGUGUUGUCUCUACCUGCCUGGGUGAGAUCACCGAUCGAAGCAAUCAGUCACGGGCUUUCACCUAUCUCCCUGUUAUCUAUGGCCUUGGAGGUAUCACUGGCCCCGUCAUCGGUGGCGUGUUGGUGUUUCCCAAGAAUCCUUUCGACAGAUCAAAGCCGAACCCGUACCCGUAUCUUGCACCGAACCUUCUCUCUGCGGCGGUCCUCUUGGUAGACUUCGUCUUGGCGUCCAUCUUUCUCGAGGAAAGCUUGGAAGAGGCGCAAUAUCUUCAACCUCUAGGAUCCCGAGUCCGGAACCUCUUUACAUGGCUUUGGCAGUUCACCUCAUCCAGCAGACCUCAUUACUUGCGACGAAAGGGCAAGAGCCAUCAAAGCCCAAUCCACGAAAACGGGCUGGCCGAUGUUUCAGACGACGAAGAUACGGACGGCACAGACACCGCAGGAUUCUUCCCUGCUUCAGACGAAUUGAAGAAGAAAGACGUGCUCAAUCGAGACACCAUCCUCCUACUGGUGACGUACCUCAUUUUCCAACUGUCCAACAUUUCCUUCAACUCACUCUAUCCCAUCUUCGCUCAAGCCUCACCACCCACCGGCCGAAAUCUUGACCCUGAAGAGAUCGGCCUGUCACUCGCCUUUGCUGGAGUGGUGACCAUUCUUUUCCAGAUCGGUAUUUUUGGAAAGCUGCGAGAUAUGAUGGGGAAUAGAUGGGCUUACCGAGCCGGUUUGGCCGGGUUUGUGAUUGCUUACGUCUUGAUGCCCUGGGUCGGAUACAAAGACGAUGACGAUGGAAAUAUGGGGACACGUGGGGCGGCAUGGCUAUGGCUAGAGAUCUGCUUUGUCCUUCUUAUCAAGACUGUCGCGGCGGUUGGCGGUCUGACUAGCGCCCUGCUGUUGAUCACCAACUCAGCUCCCAACCACUCGGUUUUGGGAACCCUCAAUGGCCUCGCGCAGACUUUGUCGGCCGCAGGUCGAGCGGUUGGCCCGUUCGUUUCCGGCGGUCUCUUUUCACUCGCGACUCGGGUCCAUCCCAAAGGAGAGGCCCUUGCUUUCGGUCUCUUUGGCGGUGUUUCGUUCAUCGGCUUCCUGCUCAGCUUUGGUAUUCGAUCACCCAACUUGGAGGCCGAGGGCUGGGACUCGGAGAACGAAGACGACGAUGACGACGAUGGGUCUGAUAAGUCGGAAGAUGAAGAGGCUUGA